AUGCCCGCCAGUGAGACCGAGUCAGUGAACACAGAGAAUGUGAGUGGAGAAGGAGAGAACCCAACCUGCUGUGGAAGUUUAUGUCAAACCAUCUCAAAAUCCAAGUUCAGUCGACGCUGGCGUCGCUGGAAUCGAUUUAAUAGAAGAAAAUGUAGAGCUGCAGUAAAAUCUGUCACAUUUUAUUGGCUUGUAAUUGUCUUGGUCUUUCUGAACACAUUAACUAUCUCAUCGGAGCAUUAUAAUCAACCUGACUGGCUGACCCAGAUCCAAGAUAUCGCAAAUAAAGUUCUUCUGGCUUUAUUCACCUGUGAAAUGUUAGUAAAGAUGUACAGCUUGGGCCUACAGGCUUAUUUUGUUUCCCUUUUUAACCGCUUUGAUUGCUUCGUUGUUUGUGGUGGCAUUGUUGAAACCAUUUUGGUGGAGUUGGAAAUUAUGUCACCCCUUGGAAUUUCAGUGUUUCGCUGUGUUCGUCUCCUGCGUAUUUUUAAAGUAACAAGGCACUGGGCAUCCCUGAGCAACUUGGUAGCAUCCUUGUUAAACUCAAUGAAGUCCAUUGCUUCACUGUUGCUUCUGCUUUUCCUCUUCAUCAUAAUCUUCUCGUUGCUUGGAAUGCAGCUGUUUGGAGGCAAAUUUAAUUUUGAUGAAACUCAAACAAAACGGAGCACCUUCGAUAAUUUUCCACAAGCUCUUUUAACUGUAUUCCAGAUUCUAACAGGUGAAGACUGGAAUGCUGUUAUGUAUGAUGGCAUAAUGGCAUAUGGUGGCCCAUCAUCGUCAGGCAUGAUCGUCUGUAUAUAUUUCAUUAUCCUCUUCAUCUGUGGUAACUAUAUCUUGCUAAAUGUCUUCUUGGCCAUUGCUGUGGAUAACUUGGCAGAUGCUGAAAGUCUAAAUACAGCUCAGAAAGAAGAAGCUGAAGAAAAGGAAAGGAAAAAGAAUGCGAGAAAAGAGAGUCUGGAAAAUAAAAAAAGUGAGAAGUCAGAAGGUGACCAAAAGAAGCCCAAGGACAGUAAGGUGACAAUUGCUGAAUAUGGUGAAGGAGAGGAUGAGGAUAAAGAUCCCUAUCCACCCUGUGAUGUACCAGUAGGUGAAGAUGAAGAAGAUGAGGAAGAUGAACCAGAGGUACCAGCAGGCCCACGUCCCCGUAGAAUAUCAGAACUAAAUAUGAAGGAGAAGAUAACACCGAUCCCUGAAGGGAGUGCCUUCUUCAUUUUCAGCAGCACCAAUCCAAUUCGAGUGGGAUGCCACAGACUCAUCAAUCACCACAUUUUUACCAAUCUCAUCCUUGUCUUCAUCAUGCUGAGCAGUGUUUCCCUAGCAGCAGAAGAUCCAAUUCGCAGUCACUCUUUUCGAAAUAAUAUCCUAGGGUAUGCAGAUUAUGUCUUCACUAGUAUGUUUACAUUUGAGAUCAUUUUGAAGAUGACAGCUUUUGGAGCAUUCCUUCAUAAAGGGUCCUUCUGCAGGAAUUAUUUUAAUUUGCUGGAUUUGCUGGUUGUGGGUGUUUCUCUGGUCUCAUUUGGUAUUCAAUCAAGUGCUAUCUCAGUGGUGAAGAUCCUCAGAGUUUUAAGAGUCUUGAGACCUCUAAGGGCAAUAAACAGAGCAAAAGGACUUAAGCAUGUUGUUCAAUGUGUCUUUGUGGCUAUUAGAACUAUUGGUAAUAUCAUGAUUGUCACAACUCUGCUGCAGUUCAUGUUUGCUUGCAUUGGAGUGCAGCUGUUCAAGCAGAUAUGGGCAGGCCACUUAGGGAUAUACAUCGUUUAUAAAGAUGGAGAUGUUGAUAAUCCAGUGGUCAGAGAGAGGGUCUGGCAAAACAGUGAUUUCAACUUUGAUAACGUUUUGUCAGCUAUGAUGGCCCUUUUUACAGUAUCCACUUUUGAAGGCUGGCCAGCGCUGCUAUACAAAGCCAUUGAUUCAAAUGGCGAGAAUGUAGGACCUGUAUACAACUAUAGAGUGGAGAUCUCCAUUUUUUUCAUCAUCUAUAUCAUCAUUAUUGCUUUCUUUAUGAUGAACAUAUUUGUUGGUUUUGUGAUCGUUACUUUCCAAGAACAGGGAGAACAAGAGUAUAAGAACUGUGAGCUGGACAAAAAUCAGCGUCAGUGUGUAGAAUAUGCCUUGAAGGCACGUCCACUUCGUAGAUAUAUUCCAAAAAAUCCUUACCAGUACAAAUUCUGGUAUGUGGUGAAUUCUACUGGAUUUGAAUACAUCAUGUUUGUCCUCAUCAUGCUGAACACACUUUGCUUGGCUAUGCAGCACUAUGGACAGUCUAAGCUCUUUAAUGAUGCAAUGGACAUUAUGAAUAUGGUUUUCACAGGAGUGUUCACUGUUGAAAUGGUUUUGAAACUGAUUGCAUUCAAACCCAAGAUUUUUGUAAGAAAAAAGGAAAGAUGGCUAGGCUAUUUUAGUGAUGCCUGGAAUACGUUUGACUCCCUCAUCGUUAUUGGCAGCAUAGUAGACGUCGUUCUCAGUGAAGCUGAUCCAAAGCCAACUGAAACAGUCACAACUGAUGAGUCAGGGAACUCUGAAGACAGCGCUAGAAUCUCCAUCACUUUUUUCCGUCUCUUCCGGGUGAUGAGGUUGGUGAAGCUGCUUAGCAGAGGAGAAGGAAUCAGGACUUUACUGUGGACAUUUAUUAAGUCAUUUCAGGCUCUGCCUUAUGUUGCCCUUCUGAUAGCCAUGCUGUUCUUCAUCUAUGCUGUCAUUGGAAUGCAGGUAUUUGGAAAAGUGGCCAUGAGGGACAACAAUCAAAUAAACAGAAACAACAAUUUUCAGACUUUUCCCCAAGCAGUGCUGCUUCUCUUCAGGUGUGCUACUGGAGAAGCCUGGCAGGAAAUCAUGCUGGCAUGUUUGCCUGGAAAACGCUGUGAUCCAGAAUCUGAUUAUAAUCCAGGGGAAGAAUACACAUGUGGAAGCAAUUUUGCCAUUAUAUAUUUUAUCAGUUUUUACAUGCUUUGUGCAUUUUUG